AUGUUGCAAAAUUUGAAACCUAUACUGAGGCCCUUCACUGUUAGGCUCUGGUUUUCAACACAAACUGUGGAAAAUUUGUUUAAAACGUUAUUGGGUAUACCAACAAGAACUGCCAGCGAUACAGCAAGCGGAGAUAUUUCAAAAGAAGACAAAAUAAAAGGACAAGUAGAAGAUUUAUUGGAUAAACUACCAGAAGAAUUUAAUGUGCUAGAACUUUACAGCAAGGCGGAAGAUCGCACACCGUUUGUCAUAGUUGCUUUACAAGAAUGCGAACAAAUGAAUCUACUAUGUGAAUUACUUAGAAGAUCCCUGCAAGAUUUAGAUUCCACCUACCAAUUCAUAUUCUCUUCUACGCUAUUCAACUUUCAUGCGAAAGAUUUUGCCAUAAAAGGAAGAAAUUUUCAUAAUGUGUCACUGGAUCAAGGUCAAGAACCCGUAGUGGAAGAAGCCAUAGAACCUUCAGGGAACGAAGGCGAAUUUCACUGGGUAACUUUGCAAAAUGUCCAUUUGACGAAGAAACGGUUGUCUAGAUCAGAAAAAAAGAUUGGUCAAUGCUCGGAGAAUCCACAUAAUGAUUAUCGAUUGUUCAUUAGUGUGGAACCCAGUCCUUAUCCUCAUGAAUCAAUAAUACCUCAGGGUAUACUAGAAUCAGCCAUAAAGAUCACAAACGAACCACCAUCUGGAAUUCAAUCAAACAUCCACAAAGCGUUGGACAACUUUACCCAGGAAACUUUGGAGUCCUGCAGCAAGCAAACCGAAUUCAAAGUAAUAUUAUUCGCAUUAUGUUAUUAUCGCGCUGUACUUGCAGAACGUAGAAAAUUUGGGGCGCAAGUGGUAAUAUGGAAUAGGGAUAUCAAGGCAGGAGUACCGCAAGGAAGCGUCCUAGGACCAAUAUUAUACACGCUCUAUACAGCAGACAUACCAACAACUGUCAACAGUAAAACUCUAACGUUCGCGGACGAUACGGUCUUACUAACUAGACACGCAAAUCCAGAAACGGCUGCCGCACUAUUACAGGAACACAUUACAAAAAUUGGAAAGUGGCUGCAAAGCAAACAAAUAAAAGCGAACACCAGUAAGUGCAAUCACAUAACAUUUACGCUUAGAAAAGGCAAAACACCAGACAUUCAACUAAAUGGCGCCCAUAUAGCACAAACAAAGUAUGUCAAAUAUCUAGGAAUACAUUUAGACACACGCCUUACAUGGAAGCAUCACAUAAAAUCAAUAACAAACAGAAUGCGUGAAAAAAUGAAGCAGAUGUACUGGUUAAUCAAU